AUGAAACAAUAACUAAAUUACACGCUUUGGAUUAGUUUUCUUGUUUCAACUGUUUUGAUAUAUCUAUUUUUCAGUUCAGGAGAAUUUAGUUUUAUAUUAACACUUGCUUGUGGAAUACAAUGCUUUGGAUUUGGAUUAGUAUUUACUACAAUUUCAAUAACCAAAGAUACAAGUGGAUUAAGUAAAUAAACUUUUAUCUGUUGUGCAUAAGCAUUAUUAGCAAGAUUAUUUUCUAUUUUAACUUUUGAAGUAUAUUGAUUAUAGAUAAAUUAGGGUUAUUUACCUUCAGAUGCAACAGGUGAUUAUGUGUAUAGAUUAUUCGAAAUAUUAUCACUUAUCUUUUGCAUAUUGACUGCAUUUAGCAUAAAAAAUAAUAAAGAAGAAUUAUUCAAAUGGUAUUACUUCACUCCUGUAAUGUUGGUGACUGCUUAUUAUGUUCAUCCAGGAUUGAAUUCACAUUCAUUUUGUGACAUAUCCUGGGUAUUUGCAUUAUAUAUGGAAUCAUUUGCAAUAUUGCCAUAGAUACACCUUUUUACAAAGAGAGGUUAGAAUUCAACAAUAAUAUAGAGGGAAUAAUUGAAUAUCACACAUCAAAUUUUGUAAUCACUCAAGCAAUAAAUAAAGUAAUAUGUGUGAUUUUUUGGUUUUAUUCUUAUGAAGAACUUAAUAGAAGUGCAGAUGAAUCAACAAUAAGUGUGGCACCUUGGUUAAGUGGUUAUUUUGUGAUGGUGGCUUAAAUGAUAUCAAUUGUAAUUAAUAUAAUAAAAAUAUAUAGAUCAUAACAACAGAUUUUGUGUAUAAAUAUUUGCAAAGUUGGAAAUAAGGUAUUCCUUUGGUUAUGUUACCUUCAUGA